GGCAUUAAAAUUUCCCAACACUAACGGUAGCGUUUAAAUUUUGUUCGGCUUGUUUGUUUACAUGGCUUAAGUUUUUGAUAAAUAACAACAAGACAUUGCAAGUGGCUCAGUAGGUCUACAGAAAAAAGGCUAGCUAUGUUAUCCAAUCGGGCGUUUGGAGAAACAAUUGAGGACUAUGAAGUACAGCACUUACUGGGCAAAGGUGGUUUUGCGACCGUCUACAAGGCACGGUGCCUGCACACUCACCAGGAUGUGGCCAUAAAGAUGAUCGAUAAAAAACUAAUCCAGGGCACUGGACUCACUAGCCGCGUUCGCCAGGAAGUGGAAAUCCACUCCCGCCUGAAGCAUCCCUCUGUGCUUCAGCUGUACACUUUCUUUCAGGACGCCAACUAUGUGUAUUUGGUGCUCGAGCUGGCCCAUAAUGGGGAGCUUCAUCGCUAUAUGAACCACAUUGCCAGACCCUUCACAGAGACGGAAGCUGCUUCCAUUCUGAAGCAGGUCGUGGCGGGACUUCUGUACCUGCACUCUCACAACAUCAUGCACCGCGACAUUUCGCUAUCCAACCUCCUGCUUAGCAGGGAAAUGCACGUCAAGAUAGCCGAUUUUGGACUGGCCACCCAAUUAAAGCGACCUGAUGAGCGCCAUAUGACCAUGUGUGGAACUCCGAACUAUAUUUCGCCUGAGGUGGUAUCGCGAUCGUCUCACGGACUGCCCGCGGACGUCUGGAGCGUUGGAUGCAUGCUGUACACCCUGCUGGUGGGACGCCCGCCCUUCGAAACCGAUGCAGUGCAGUCAACCCUUAACAAAGUUGUGAUGUCGGAGUACAUUAUGCCUGCUCACCUGUCUUACGAGGCGCAGGACCUGAUAAACAAAUUAUUGAAGAAGCUCCCCCACGAACGAAUUACCCUGGAGGCUGUUCUCUGCCAUCCUUUUAUGUUGAAAUGCUCAAAUGGUGGACACUCUGCGCCGGGAGCGUUGAAUGUGUUCAGCCAGAGUAUGGAAAGCGGCGAUAGUGGAAUCAUAACAUUUGCUAGCAGUGACUCCAGGAAUUCCCAGCAAAUUCGAUCUGUGGAAAACUCAGGACCACAACAAGUGCUUCCUCAAAUACGGGAGGAAUUUAAGCAAGUCCAUCAUAAAUUGCCUUAUGAACAGCCAGGUUUAUUUGGGCAAGCUUCAACUGGCUUGGCAGAGCCAAAUUGGCCAGGAGCUGCUAAGACCUCAGCGUUCCGUAUGGAGACGGGUAUGGUACCCAAUUCCAAACCUGCAUCUCUUAAGGAAGAUCGCAUUUCGGUGCCCCCAUUGAACACUAAAAGACUUCUUCCGACGCGUUAUAAGACGAAGAAUGCUAUAAUGAGUAUUUUGCGAAAUGGCGAGGUUGUUCUCGAGUUUCUUAAGUUUCGGCCAACCUAUAAUGAAGAUCGCAUUAAUGAUAUUUGUCGCAUAUCGGAUGACGGACAGCGAAUCAUAAUUUAUCAGCCAGAUCCUGGGCGUGGCUUACCAGUAAGAGAGCAGCCACCAGAUCUUCAAAUACCAAGCGGAGAUUGCGUAUAUAACUACGAUAAUUUGCCCAAUAAGCACUGGAAAAAAUACAUAUACGGAGCUCGAUUUGUGGGUCUGGUAAAAAGUAAAACACCGAAAGUCACAUACUUCAGUACUCUAGGCAAAUGCCAAUUGAUGGAGACAAUGACCGACUUUGAGAUUCGUUUCUACUCGGGAGCUAAGCUACUAAAGACGACGUCCGAGGGGCUAAAGGUCUACGAUCGAAAUGGAAUGUUGCUCUCGGAUCAUUCCUGUUCGGAGUCUCGAUCUCUUAUUGAGCAUGGAAACGAGUGUUUCACCCACUGUGUCAACAUCAGUAAUGCCUUGGAAGUAGCUCAGACGAAAGACAAUUCGUGUUUUCCAGUCACAAUCGGACGAAGACCUAUAACAGAUGUACAACCCGCUCAGAGAUUGGAUGGCCUACGAGAUACCACCAAUAUUGCGUUUUCCACACCAAAAUCGAAUCAGGGCUCAAUAAACUUUUCCUUAAGCACUAUUUCGUCGACACGAAAUACUUCAGAUUUUGUAACCAACUGCUCUAGGUCCAACAUGCUAGCCGCCCAUCAAAAUAUACCCAUCAAACGCAUAAACGUUCCUGAUAUCGGAAUAGCUACUGAGCUCUCCCAUGGAGUUGUCCAAGUGCAAUUUUAUGAUGGAUCCGUAGUCUCUGUUAUUCCGAGCAUGCAAGGUGGUGGUAUAACCUAUACCCAACCCAAUGGAACUUCAACCCACUUCGGCAAAGACGACGACUUGCCAUUCCCGGUCAGAGAUAGAGUCGGUCAGAUACCAAACAUUCAGUUAAAGUUGAAGACAGCUCCAUUGCUGGGAAGCGGCAGGAAAACUGACAACAACAAUGCAAUGACUCCCAAAACGACAACGCCUUAUUAUAAUCGCAUGCUUCUUUAAUUGAAUCAAAACUAAUUUCCCGAAUAGUUUUUAAGUUUGAACAAAUGUACUUGUAUUGUAAAUUAAGAGUAAAUAUAUUUUUUACGUUUUUUCCGUGCUUAUCAAAAUGA